CAUCCACCAUCCUGACCUCCACGCACCCCGCAUUCAACCAUCACAUUCUCCGUCCUGACGCUUCUUGCUGCUCAUCAAACACGUGCGCGCGCACCACCGCAGCGCUCAAGAUGCCAGCACACACGUCCACACACAGCGCGAGCACUUCCGCUUCCACGCGGAGCCCAGUAGUCAUCGACUUGGGCUCCUCUGCCAUUCGCAUCCAUCUCGGCGGUACUCUGACGCAGAGCCCAAAUCGCAUUGCGCGUGGCAAGGGCAAGUCGACGCUCGUGGGCAGCGCCAUCGAUCGAGCUGGCGAUCUGUCCGGUAUGGACACUAUCCGCACGCCCAUGUACAGGGGUCACAUUACAGACUGGGCAGCCUGCAAGGUGCUGCUCGAUCAGGCUCUGGGCGAAGCGCUAGCAAAGGAGGAGACGGUAGGCAAGGGGAGUGGGAGGGACGAGGGCAAGGGCAGUGGGAGGGACGAGGGCAAGGGCAGUGGGAGGGACAAGGGCGCCCGUAGGAUCUCUUCCGAAGGCAAGGGUGCAGGUAGCAGCGGGCCGGUCAUGACCCCUCCCAACGCACCCGCCCGCUCAGUAUCCGCAUCCUCGCCCAAAGCGCGCAUCAGUCAGGCUACAGAUGACGGCGGCAGCGGAAGAGAUUUGCCACUUCAAGGUCGCAGCGUCAUUCUCGUCCAACCCUACUUUGGCUUCCCGGAAGAGCAGCAGGGGCUGACGGCGCUCUUGUUUGAUGCCUAUGGCGCCUCUUCCUUGUGGAUCACUACCGCCGCCUUGCUGGCAUCGCACGAUGCGCGCACGACGGGCAGCGAGGCAAGACGCGCAGAGAGUGCGAGGCAUGCGCGACCACGACCAGAAGCUGUCCUCAUCGUGGACAUUGGACACUCUGGCUGCAACGUGGUACCCGUGAUUGGCGAGGAUAUAGCGUGGCAUGCUGUCAAGAGACUCGAUGUGAGCGGCCGGCUGCUGACGAAUCUGCUCAAAGAGACGCUAUCCUUUCGGCAAUACGAUCUCAUGGACGAAACGCUCAUCGUCGAAAAAGUCAAGGAGAUGUGCUCCUUUGUCGCCAGCAGCGUGGGACGUGCUGAUCAUCGCGUCGCUCCUGGGCUCAUCCUGCCUCCGUCGCUGUGGAGCUUUGCUUUUUGCACGGAGCUUUGCAGGUCGGCCAAGCCGGGUGCAAAUCCGCUCGCUCAGGAGUACGUACUUCCCGAUGGCUCCGACGAUUCGAUUGGCCACAUCAGGAGUGGGCCGGGUCGCGCACGGAGACCCCCAAAAAGGCGACGAGUGGAAUGUGCAGGGGCGCUGGACGCUCACGACAAUGGCGACGACGACGACGGCGACGACGACGGCCUCAUUGCCGAUUUUACGCGCGAGAGCGUAGUCACAGGAUGCAAUAGCGGCGAUCAGGACGGCGAGGAAGAGGACGAAGACGGGGACACUGACUUUGAUCCGGACGGAAUAGCGCCGCCUCGCGACUCGGAACGCAAGCGCGCCAAGAUAUCCCAGCCUUUGCGUAUCAGCGACGGCGACGACGAAGAACAAGUGCUCACGCUCUCCAGCGAGCGUUUCCAAAUUCCCGAGCUGAUUUUCAACCCUAGCUUGAUUGGCCUCAAUCAAUCACCCUUGCCCGAGUUGAUCCAGCUGACGAUCGAGGCGUGCCCGGCGGACAUGCAGGCGAUGCUUUGGUCAAAUGUUUGCAUCAUUGGCGGCGGCGCGCACAUCACCGGGAUGCAAAGAAGACUGGAGCACGAACUGCGUGCAUUGGCACCACAUCACGUGCCUCUGCAAGUGAGCGCAGGCGACUCGAUGCCGUGCGCUUCCCCUCUCAGAUGCUCUGCCGUUCGGGGCGGUGCAGUCAUUGCAAAUGAAUGGGGGACCAGCAGCCAUCACGGCAAGGAGCUUCGGAGCCUCAUGAAGAGCCGCUUGGUCCACCGCGGCGAGUACGAAGCAGCAAAGUCGAAUCGAGCGCCAGCGUCGGCGUCUACAGGGGGCUCUGCUCAGCUCUGUGCGAAUCGUUGGCACGACUGGAAUGCCUCGUGAGAACACUGAAUCGUCAGGACGUGUGCCCGCCACUUGAUCAUCCAUGUAUUUAUGCGUCGCUCGACAUGUUCUCCGAAGUGCAUGUUGAAUCUGGGCUCGUGCGAGGGCGUAGCAGCGUGCGGGCGUAGCAGCGUGCGGCUUUGCCUAGGGUUAGGCCCGCGCAGCGCGCGCCCGAGUAUAUUUGGUAGCAGGCGCGCACAAAAGCGAUGGCGGUGAUGCAUGCGCAAUGUGUCAAGACUGUCGACCAGGCAUACAUACACAUAUGUAGACACCUAUCCACAACUCUCUCGCAUCGAUCAUCUCGUGCUAACAGUAGGCGCCCGACACUCGCAACAACGCCGGUCCUCGAGCGCGGGCGUGGCGAAGUUCGCGGUGUCGCUCCAACGCUAAAUCAACCAACUUUUGAAUAAGCGCGCUGUAGCUGACACCUUUUGCCUGCCAAAGGCUCGG